AAACUUCCUUCAACACACGGAUGUCGUUCCUCUGCUUUAGGACACGCGGAUGUCGUACACCUCCUCUGAUAUGUAUAUAAAAUCAAAGGGAGUUCAAGAACCCAAUUGGCCAACUUUGACCCAGAGGAGGUACGACAUCCGCGCCGCGUGUCUACACCUAUUAUAUUGAACUUUGACCUAAGGAAGUAAGGAAUGUGUGUCUAAAACACUUGCUUUGACACGCGGAUGUCGUAUCUCUCCUCUUUGACCAGUACAUUUGUAACCUGAUAAUCUAUGGUAUUAUCCGAGGGCGACAAUGUCUAGUAUAAAGGCCCAGUGCAGAAUUGCAGUAGCUCCAUACAACAGUUGAACUUCAGCCAAUGCAAAGCCAUUGAGAAAGCAGCCAACAUGGGGAAUAGAAACUCAAGCAUAAACACGCCAUCAUUUUUAAUGGCGCAAAAGGUGGAAAAACCUAUGUCGAACUUUGUGGACAAAUUAAUCGAAUUCGGAGAAGACAAAGUGAAGGAAGCACUGGAUCAUAUGACGUCAGAAGCUGAAGUACCAAACCCACCAGUUACAAGCAAACCAAUUAAGCAAAUUCUGAAGAACUAUAAGAGCUGGGAGUUACAUGAGCUUGGUCUUGGCCGUGGUGUCAAUGGUACUGAGCCACGACCAUGGGUCAACAAGGUGUCUUUCCAAGUCAGAGAAGCUAAAAUGAGCGAAGAUGACUUGAGCGAAGGAGACUCGAACUUGAUCGGUACUAACGAAGGGGGAAUGCUCCGCGACUAUGUGGAGGAGGUGACAAGCAUUAAAGAUCAAAGUGCGAAGAUGGACCUGAGUAUCACUGUGCUUAAAACUCCUGUUAGUGUGGGCGUGGGUGCUGAUCUGUCUCGGACCUGGACAAACACGCAGAAAGCUAUCGGAAGACGAGUUCUCAAUACUACCAUUGCAUUCCAGCAACUGUUUGACGAAUCCGAUGAUAAACUGGCUCGGUACGUACUGGAGUGCUCAGAUAUCAAGAGAGAUGAGAAAUGGAUUGACGCUCUAGCAGAAAUGAGUGACCACGAUUGUACGAAAUGUUUUGAGCGAUUCCUGGGAAGGUACAACAUCACCCACUACGUUAGUGCAAUCACACUAGGUGCUAGUAUGUUCGUUGUCGAGACUGAAUCCCAUUAUCAACGAACCAUCAGUUCCCAUGGCAAGCUGGAGUACGAACCUAUUGCGAGUCUUGAAGCUUCAGCUACUUUCAGCAAAAAGCUCAAACGCAGCUCCAAGGAUAUCAGGUACAUUGGGAAGUUUUCUAAACAAGACAUGAGCACUGUAGAAAAGGAAGCAGUAAUCAGUGUUCAGCUCCAACCGAUUACAACUCUGAUUCAAAAUGAACGCCUCAGGAAAAAUUUGGAGGAAGUUCUGAAACUGUACAUACAGAAGCAAAAGCAAAAAACAGUUGGACCAUACUAUAUCUCCUGCAACGAUGCAAAAAUCUACCUGAGAGGUGAGGAGACCAAUGGACAUGCUCAUGUGUACGGAGUAAAAGACAAGGAGAGAGCAUCAAAGUUCUACAUCAUUCUCACUGAUGAUGGGGAACAUGCACACGAGUUCUACAUUGGCUGGAAAUCAGAUGAUACAGAUGGUACAAUGCGGUACCUCUGUGCACCUGUGUCGGUCUCUGGUUCCAACGCUGGACCUCUCUGCCUUGAAAGUCAAGGAAAGAAGCUCAACAGUCUCUUCUCAAUCAACAACCAACUCACAAAGCCUUUCUUUAGGCUGAGAAGUGAUGAAAAUGUCAAUCCAAAAGACUGGUUUAAUGGACAAGACUCAUAUUUGAUUCGUUGCACAAGGAGAAUGUUUCGCGUGGAUGGUUUCCUGGCAGUUCGGAGUGAGACUGAAACUGGGGGCAACACAUAUCGGACGAUCACUAAGCGAGAUGCAUCUGGCCAUGACAAUGAGGAUAUCCACAUGGCAUUUCGAAUUCAUCAGACAAUUCAAGAAGAUGAAAGUGUGAGCAGACCAGACAGUGCUGGUAGCUCAAUUUCAAGGAGAGAGAGUGAUGAAGUUACCCAGCAACUUCUUAAUAAUUAAUAAUUAUUUUUUUUGUUCACCAAUUUUAGUAAUUUUUGUUGCUAACAAUCAAAUCUAUAAUACCUGUGUACUUGUCGUAUCAUUUUUUAGAUGAAAGUG